CACCAGCGAGACCGUUAAACAAUGCUUACACGACGUGUUCUAAGCCGCUCGAGCAGCUAUGGCAUCCUUCGACCUAUGUCACGGUCAUUGUCGACUCGGGCAGCAGACAUUCUGACCAACCUGGGAAUCAACCCCAGCGAGGAACUUCCAGGCGUUUACGAUGGGCAAUGGCGUGGCUCCGGGGAACUCGUAUCCUCUGUGUGUCCCACCACUGGAGAAGUUCUGGCACGAGUCCGAACAGCCUCCCCCAGCGAAGUUCAAGAAGCCCUGGCUCGUACGAGAGAGGCGUAUGUCCAAUUUAGAAACGUGCCAGCGCCCAAACGUGGAGAGAUCUUGCGGCAGAUUCGAGAAGCACUCGCAGCCAAGCGUGAUUACCUCGGAGCUAUGGUCUCAUUAGAAAUGGGCAAGAUACGUACAGAAGGGGUCGGAGAAGUGCAAGAGUUCAUUGAUAUCUGUGACUAUGGUGUCGGUUUGUCGAGGAUGAUGAACGGGAGAGUCGUCGCGUCCGAGAGACCAGGGCACUCUAUUCUCGAAGUUCCCAACCCGUUAGGUGUUGUCGCCGUUCUUUCUGCGUUCAACUUUCCCGUGGCGGUCUAUGGUUGGAAUUUGGCAUUGUCUUUGGCCGCCGGAAAUGCCACGAUUUGGAAGCCGUCGCCGACGACACCCCUUUGCUCGAUUGCUACCACGAAGAUUAUUGCCCGGGUGCUAGAGGAUAACGGAAUACCUGGAGCCGUGGCGAGUCUCGUGACUGGUGGAAAGGAAGCUGGCGAGGCUGUUGUUGCUAGCCCACAAGCAGAACUGGUGUCGUUCACCGGUAGCGAGAGAGUAGGGAGGAUUGUAGGCCAGAAUGUUGCGUCUCGAUUCGGCAAGGUAAUCCUGGAGUUGGGAGGGAACAACGCUUCUAUCAUUAUGCCUGAUGCUGACCUCUCCCUCGCUGUCCCAGCGGUCUACUUUGGGGCAGUGGGUACCGCUGGACAGCGAUGCACCUCGACUCGACGAUUGUAUCUCCACAAAGACAUUGCGGAAUCUUUUUUGGAUCGCCUAAAGAAGUUCUAUUCCACCGUCCGGGUCGGUGACCCUUUGGUCAAGGAGACUCUUCUGGGACCGCUCCAUACGGAAUCUGCUUGCGGAAUCUAUGAACAGGCCAUUCAGAAGCUUCGAUCACAGAGUGCUGAAAUCAUUACUGGAGGCAAGCGAUAUCAGCGAGAUGACCUUGCCGGCGGAAACUUUGUCGAGCCCACCAUCGCGCUCCCCCAGUCGGCUAACCCCAAGGACGAAAUCUGGAGCACCGAAGUGUUCGCUCCAAUCCUUAAUGUUGCCAUCUUUGAUGAGUUGGAACAAGCGAUCGAAUGGAACAACUCGGUCCCUCAGGGUCUGUCGAGCAGUCUCUGGACGAAAGAUAUCAGGAACGUCGGCAAGUGGAUCGGGCCUAGUGGAUCGGAUGCUGGUAUCGUCAAUGUCAAUGUUGGAACCAGCGGGGCAGAGAUUGGUGCUGCUUUCGGUGGAAACAAGAGUACUGGCUGGGGUCGUGAAUCGGGCGGGGAUGCCUGGAAGCAAUACGUUAGAUGGAGCGCGUGCACACUCAACUUUAGCGAUGCUGCACCCCUCGCGCAAGGCGUCGAUUUUUCGACUUAG